CAAAUUCUGCCCCGCCGACGUUCAGCCUCAUCAACAUACACACUACACCUCUCCCGCGCUUCUGUCAACCGCAAAUCCAGACCCAACAGGACAUCCCAACCGCAGUCCCACUAUUGAUAGAACUGAUAAAGCACUGCCUGCCCAGUCCUCUUUGUAACACCUCUCCCGACACACACAACACAUCAUGGCUCAAUCCGGUGUCUCUGUCAGCCCCGAAUGCAUCAGCACCUUCAACGAGCUGAAGCUCGGCAAAGAGCUGAAAUACAUAAUUUACAAGAUCAGCGACGACUGGAAAGAAAUCGUCGUCGAGGAAGCGUCCAAAGACAGCGACUUCUCCGCCUUCCGUGAGAAGCUGCUGAACGCGAAGAGCAAGGACCGCCGCGGCAAGGAGGGCAUCGGAGGCCGCUAUGCUGUCUAUGAUGUUGAGUAUGAGUUGGAGUCGGGGGAUGGAAAACGCAGCAAGAUUACCUUCAUCUCUUGGUGCCCGGAUGAUGCGCCGCAAUAUCCCCGCAUGAUGUACUCAUCCUCCAAGGAAGCCAUCAAGCGCGCCCUCAACGGUCUGGCCGCCGAUAUCCAAGCCAACGACGCCGACGAUAUCGAGUUCGACAACAUCAUCUCGCGAGUCUCCAAAGGUCGCUAAAUCCCCGCUUUCGCAAGGCUUACAAUAACUCGGGUAAGAAUACUGGAUUAGGUGGCCAAGUGGCAUGACGGAAAACUUGCUGGGGUGGUGGUUUUUCCUUUUUCUUAUACAUGCCUGCAAGGGAGUGGGACUCGUAUCGGGCUUUGAGAGUCUGGUCGGAAUUUUUGGGUGGAGUGUGCGGGGUGGUGAUGCUAGUGAAUCCCAGUCCUAUUUGCAUCGUCAGGAUGUGUAUGUUCUUGAUGGGCGAUAGAGAAUGGGUAAAAUUGUGACUUUUUCUGGUAUG